AUGUUAUACAAACAUCAAAAACAAGCGCUUUAUUUUCUGCUGGAAAGGGAGAAGCCAGAAGAGUAUACAGACAAUGAAAAGAACAAGCUUACAUCUCUGUGGAGAGUGAGACAUCCACCUCACGGGCAUCCUGUCUACCUGAACGUGGUGACUAAUCAAGAGUCAAGCGCGAAGCCAGUAACUAUGCGUGGAGGAAUUCUGGCUGACGAUAUGGGCCUUGGCAAAACAAUCACCGUAAUAUCAUUAAUCACUGCCACACUGGAUAGAGGAAUGUACGCGCGCCUCGCUGCAGCCUCCUUGCUGCCAUUUACGGGUAACGCUAUACAGCUAUCAAGUGCGAUGCCGUCUCCUCCUAGACCAAGUAUCUUGCGGAUAAAAUCUCAUGCUACUUUGAUCAUUUGUCCGCUGUCUACAGUUCAGAACUGGGAAGAGCAGUUUGAAAACCACGUUCAGAAGGAUUUUCUAAAUGUCUAUGUCUACCAUGGAGGGCAACGUGUAGCGGACCCAUCUUUCCUUGCGAAGCAUGAUGUGGUCAUAACAACAUAUAAUCUUCUAGGUACAGAGUAUUCCAAGGAAACUAAAGCAAGAGACCCACAGACUGGAUUGUCCAAGUAUCCGAGCGUUUUGCAACAUGUGGAGUGGUUUAGAGUUGUACUAGAUGAAGCACACAUAAUUAAGGAGGUCAACACGGUGCAGAGUAAAGCCGCAUCGGCCCUUACAGCUGAGCGGAGAUGGUGCUUAACAGGGACUCCCGUUCAAAACAAACUGGAUGAUUUGUAUGCGCUAGUCAAGUUCCUUCAAAUGCACCCGUUUGACGAAAAGGUUCAAUGGACGCACUAUAUCUCAAAGCCAAUCAAAGCGGCCAAUCCCAUUGGAAUCGCCAGGCUGCAGACGCUUAUGAAAGUCAUCACACUUCGCCGUACAAAGUCUCAGAUGGUUGACGGGCAGCCACUCUUAGCUCUUCCUACUCGGACUGACCACAAACGCAUCCUCGAGCUGAGCCUAAACGAACGCCAGCUUUAUCAGCGCAUGGAGUCCCGCGCUAAACAGACUGUAGAUCAGAUUGUCCAAGAAAAUAAGAUUAUGAAGAGUUAUGCACAUAUCCUUCAGGCAAUCCUUAAGUUGCGCCAGAUUUGCGCUCAUUAUGCUCUUGUCAAGAAUUUAGGUGACGAUCAGGAUGCCUCUAUAGAAUUCAAUGUAGCAAAGGCAUCUGAAAUACUGACGCUCCUACAGGAUUCUGGCAACGAUCAAUGCAACCACUGCUUCAAUACUUCCACAACUACGCCAAUCGUGGCUCGCUGCGAACAUAUCUUUUGUCCUGACUGUGUUAAGAAGCUUAAUCCAGUCACAUUCAUGAUGAUCCAGAAGCUGAACGCCAAUGUUAGUGUUACUCCAGGGCUUAAAACCGAAUUCCCGUGUCCGCAAUGCGCUUCUGUGCUGCGCCCUAUCGAUUUGAUCCAGAUUCAAGACGAUCCUGAGGAUAAAAUAACGGGGAUUAGUUCGAACAUAGAUCAUAUUCACACAAGAAGAGACGAAAAUGGCGCCUUGAUCCAUAGCACAAAGGUUAAAGCUCUCUUAGAAGACCUGGUGCAGGCUACAGAGGCCUCUAAGAAGGCUAACAAGUCUAUUGCAAAGAGCGUUGUUUUUUCACAAUGGACAAGCAUGUUGGAUCUAAUUGAGGAUGGUCUUCGUGAAAACCAUAUUAAGUUCACUCGUCUGGAUGGGACCAUGCAACGAAGUGACCGCACUGCAGCCCUUACUGAUUUCAAGGAAAAGGCUGAUGUUGGUGUUAUUCUAAUCAGCUUGAAAGCAGGCGGUGUAGGGCUAAAUUUGACAUCGGCACAGCGCGUUUAUUUAAUGGACCCUCAUUGGAAUCCUGCGGUUGAGAGCCAGGCGAUUGACCGAAUCCACCGCCUUGGGCAAACCAAGCCUGUGGAUGUUAUUAGGUUUAUCAUUAAGGACUCUAUCGAGGAGAAUAUCCUGGAACUGCAGAAACGCAAAGCUGAAUUGUCUGAUAUGACCUUUUCCGAGAAGCUAUCCAAGCAGGAGGUUCUCAAGAGGCGUCUUGAGGACCUGCGUUGUUUAUUCCGGGGCUCCUCUGAUUUGAUAAAAAAGACGCCUGAGAUUACAGCAUAA